AUGGAGUCUGCACCAACCAUUCACAUCGCGCUCUUCACGUCGACCGAGCUGCUAACGCAGCCGUGGCUGUCAGAUCUGACCCGGAUGAUCAACGCGAGCUAUCUUGUCAUGCACACGGAUAAGACCCGGUUCUCAGAAGACAAAAUAAGGCUCCGAUCCGACUCUUGUCUCACCGAAGAGCUGGGUCCAGAUGGCUUCACGGCGGUGGCAUUCGCCUCUGGAGAACCUGACUCUCCCGCCGAAGUGGUCGGGACUGCAAGCAUGAAGUUAUGGAAAGACGACGGAUUGUGGCGGCCACACGAUGAUGACUUCAGCGACGAUUCGACAGAAGAGCUAGUUAACGAUCAAGUUGAAGAAAUCUUUCGUGGACAUGCUUGUCCUGGAGACUACGAGCUUACAGUCGUCGCCAUUCCACCGAACCCUCGUUUCCGCGGGAAAGGUAUCGCUGGCCGUUUGAUCAGGGUGUGUGAAGAAGAACUCAUCCGACGUCGAAAGUUGAGUGGGAAAGACGACACACCCGCACGAAUUAUGAUCCGAGUAGCCAAGGAAAACUCUGGUGAAUACUGGUUGAAGCAGGGGUUUGUUACAGUUGGCAGUCAGAGGUGUCCCGAGGGCUUCUGGGACUCGGCAGAAGCGUUUACGAUGUGGGCAAUGAUUCGUGAAUUGGGCACCAAGUAG